AUGAACGUUGCAAUUUUGCAUGGUGGUGUGCGGAAAACACCAAGACACGAAAACGAGGCACCCACGAGAAGAGGAAACGUUAAUCAUCCAUACGACCAGGCGAGCAAUGGAGACUUCCAUUCGCAUUCAAUCACCAAAGGUACUUUCUCCAAUGAAAGGGAGAUCCCAUCUUAUCACUCCCUCGGUUCCCGGAAUCAGAUAUCUGAAGGGUUUUUGAUUCGUGGAUGGGAAUAUCACAUUACGGAGAGAAACAAGAAUCACACUUCUCUCGUUGGUCCAAAUGGCAUCGAGGACAUGCAAACCAUGGGAAAUCUCCGUUGUCAAAAUCAAAUCCCUCAACAUUCCGAUCGUACGAAGCAAUCAAUGGUAUUGGCCCCACGAGAAUGCCAUCCGCGGGGACUGACCUGGCCUGGUAGGGUGUCAGAUCUCGGAAUCUCAACAGAAAACUUCUCAGAAGCGAAUGUCUCAGCGUCGUUUGGGGGUCCAUCAUCGAAAUUCAAUUUUGACCUCAGCUCAAGGAAAGAUGCAUGA